CUCUUUAAGUAAAAGAAUUCUUACUCCCCUCUCCCUCUUCCUUCUUCCCCUCCUCUCCCUCCUCGCCUCGUUUCCCAAAAGUCUGCUCGAAAGGUCAAAACCAUCUCUGUCUCCAAUGGCGGCUCCCUCCGCGCGAGAACCCGGCACCUCCUCUUCCCCUUCCCGUUCCCGUGCUCGUUCCAUCCGCUGACCCGGCCCCACCGCGCCGCCGCUACCGCCUCCACCUUCACCGCCAUUGUUUCCCUCCUCUCUCCCACCAACCCUUGUUUUUUGACUAUAUACACCAUGUCCCUCUUCUGAUCCUAGUAAAGGAGAAGAGGUUUCCGAAUCCUGAUUCCAAGAUCUGAUCUUUUUGGACCGGGGAGUGCGGUCGGAGAGGCAAGGCGGGAUCUUGAUAUUGCUCGGCACGCGAUUCUAGAGGAGAGGGCUGACGAAGAGGGAGGGAGAGAAUGGGGAGUCUGUGGAGGAAAGCGAAGAAGGCGAUGGGGUUGAAUCUCUGCGUCCACGUCCCGAGUGCAAUGGGCGACGACGGGUUCCCCUCCGGUGGGCCCGCCGCCGGCUGGAGGGCCUCAGACGCUGCUGCGACCGCGACGUCCUCGCCGGCGGGGUCGGUGGGGGCCUCGGAGUUCCAGGCGCUGAUGCCGUCGACUCCCACGCUGUCUUCAGGCAGCCUCCGGGUGUCCAAAUCCGGCAGCAGAUCGUCAAAGAAAAUAUGCGCCAUAUGUCUUGGAUCCAUGAAAGCGGGACAUGGUCAUGCACUCUUCACUGCCGAGUGUUCCCACACAUUUCACUUCCAUUGCAUCACUUCAAAUGUUAAGCAUGGCAACUAUGUCUGCCCACUUUGCAAAGCCACUUGGAAGGAGAUCCCUUUCAAAGGCUCUCUACCUUCUGAGCAUCCUCAUGGAAGAGCGAGAGUAAACCCAGUCAGUUGGCUGCAGGAAGGUCAUAUGACUGUUGUCCGUCGACUUCCUCAUGCAGACUCCACAAACAGGCGGCGUGAACAGUUUCCUUCUCACUUUCGUGAAUUAGAACCGGAAAAUUUUAAUGAUGAUGAGCCUUUGGAUUUGCUAUCUGAAACAGUCAGAAGUUCCCAACAAAAUUGUCCUAAGAUAGUAGAGGUCAAGACAUAUCCCGAAUUCUCAGCUAUUUCACAAUCAGCUUUGGUGGAGAAUUUUGCUGUCCUGGUCCAUCUGAAGGCUCCUCAUGCUAGCAUGAAACAGAAUCCUAGCAGAAACCACAACGCAAGCUCCACAGCGUCACAAAACUCUCGUGCUCCAAUAGACCUGGUUACCGUACUUGACGUCAGCGGCAGCAUGGCUGGCACAAAGUUGGCACUUCUUAAGCGUGCCAUGAGUUUUGUGAUCCAAAACCUUGGGCCAUCUGAUCGCCUUUCGGUCAUUGCCUUCUCAUCAGCUGCACGACGUCUUUUCCACCUGCGGCGAAUGUCCGACUCUGGUCGACAGCAGGCUUUGCAAGCUGUCAAUUCUUUGGUGUCCAGUGGAGGGACAAACAUUGCCGAAGGCCUUAGGAAGGGGGUCAAGGUAAUUGAAGAACGGAAGGAGAAGAAUCCAGUGUGCAGCAUCAUCCUUCUCUCUGAUGGCCAGGACACUUAUACUUUUCCCUCGAGUGCAACUGGAGCUCAACAUUCACAACUGGAUUACAAAUCACUCGUGCCGCCCUCAAUUAUUAGUGGCACAGCAAUACCAGUCCACACUUUUGGUUUUGGUGCUGACCAUGACUCUGCUGCCAUGCAUUCUAUUUCAGAAGUCUCUGGUGGGACUUUCUCUUUUAUUGAAUCAGAGGUCGUCAUUCAGGAUGCCUUUGCACAAUGCAUUGGUGGGCUUCUUAGUGUGGUCGUGCAGGAGAUGCAGUUGGAUGUGGAGUGUGUGCAUCCUGGUGUGCAGCUAGCUUCUAUAAAAUCAGGUAGCUACAGGAAUCAGUUGUUGAAUGAUGCUCGCACUGGAUUGAUCGAGGUAGGUGACCUUUAUGCUGAUGAAGAGAGGGACUUUCUGGUUUCGGUAAAUGUUCCAUGUGCCAAAGAAGAGAUAAUACUCCUUAAGGUGGCCUGUGUCUAUAAGGACCCAAUUUCAAAAGAUACUGUUCAUUUGGAGGUUAAAGAAGUAAGAAUUCAGAGGCCAGAAAUCAUCUUAUCCCAAACCCCCUCGAUUGAGGUCGACCGUGAGAGGAACCGUAUUGAGUCUGCUGAGGCAAUGUCUGAUGCGAGGGCUGCCGCCGAGCGAGGUGAUCUAUCUGAUGCAGUUUCAAUACUCGAGCAGCGUCGAAUGAUACUGUCUGAGUCCUUGGCUGCACAGUCAAACGACCAACUAUGUUUGGCUCUGGAUGCGGAACUGAGGGAGAUGCAAGACAGGAUGGCAAGUCGACAGAGAUACGAGGCCUCGGGGCGUGCUUAUGUGCUGUCGGGACUGAGCUCGCACUCAUGGCAGAGAGCAACCACACGUGGCGACUCGACCGAUAGUGCUAGUCUUGUCCAUGCUUAUCAGACGCCGACGAUGGUUUACAUGCUAAAUCGUUCACAGACUAUGUGCCCCUCACCUCGGCAUCCUGCUCCACCCAUCCAGCAUACAAGGUCUUUCCCUUCUCAGCCACAGUCAAACUAGUUGAAGUCUCUGAUUCAACGGAGGGUUAAAUUAAAUAUAUAAAAAAAGGAACCAUGUCUUGUUUAAUACCUGUCUCUUCUCUUCUUAUUUGAGGUGGUGGUGGUGGAUAUGGUGGUAUACUGGUGAAAGUAAAGCUGAAGCGGUUUUAAGGCAUACAAGGUGGAGGGAUACAUGUAUGGUGUAAAUGAAUAACUCUGGAGGUGGGAUAAAGUGGUAAUGUGGGUGAAAUGGUAUAAUGUUAAGAGGGAGAAGGUGUAGGUAAUAGCUUUAUUGGUUUUUAUUUUUUAUUUUCCUCUUUGAACUUUGUUGUUGGUGAUGUACAUAGGAGAAGGUUUUCCCUGAAGAGGACGAUGUCCUAAGGUUGUAAUCUCUGCAAAUAUUUGGGGGGUGCAUUCUUCUCUUGGAUUCAUCUAUCUACUAUUGUCAGACUAUUUCUUCUUCA